AUGCAGGCUGCUCACUACAUUUUCCAGUCCAUCGCCAGCUCUACUCGUCGAACCUAUUCCUCUGGGGAGCGACACUUUAUUAGAUUUUGCCUUUUUCAUAAACUCAUUUCACCCCAAACCCCUUUUCUCCCUACCAGUGAAUCAACCUUAAUUCAUUUCGUCACCCACUUAUCCAAUACCGUUUCGUAUGGCACUAUUAAAGUUUAUCUGGCAGCAGUUAAGAAUCUCCAUGUUGAGUUUGGCUGUCCCCUGGACUUCUCCUCCAUGCCCUUCCUAUACAAGACCCUUCGAGGGAUCAAAUCCUCCUCGGUAUUGCCAAACGGGCCCGGUUCCCUAUUACUAUUUCGAUCCUCCGCCAAAUUUAUGCCAAACUAA